CCAAUCGCAUAAGAAGCUACUAAAACCCUAACGAUACACAAAUUUUCUCCCAUUUUUUUUUUUCUCUUCCUGCAAAUGGCACAAUCAACGGCAGCGACAGCAACGGAUUCGCCGCAUCUUCUGGCACCGGACGUCACCGAGAGUAAUCUCCAGCCUUUUUUUGUUCUGCAUGAAGGAUCAUCUCAUAAAUCAAAUAAAAAAUCAACCAGAACAGCAAAAACCAGGAGGCGAAUUGAUUUAUCUCCAACACUAACUAAGAAUGGUGAGAACACAGAGACUGAGAAGGUUGAAGACAGUGAUGAUCAUCAAUAUCUCGCCAAGCGUAUGGAGGCUUUUGAGGCUGUUUGGUCAAAAAUUGAGUCAACCAUCAAAGCUGUUUUGAGAAAUCUUAAUGCUAGUUCAUUCAAUGAAAUACAUCAGUGGGUUUGCGAGUCCUUCAAGACCCUUACAUCAUUUGGAACACCUUCAUUUCAUGAAGCAACCCGGCCUUUUCCUCUUGUGCAAGGUGUUAUUUCUAAACAAGUCUUCACCGGGGUGGUUCUUACCAAGAAUAUGGAGUUUGUUGACGAUCUACUAACAUUUGAAGAGCUUGGCUUGCAUUUAAAAUCCAAAGGAUGCCAUGUGGCUAAUCUCUCCUCAUUGGACUUCUCGGUGAAAAAUGGCAUUGGCGGCUGUCUAAGAAGUUUAUUGAGGCAGCUUGUAAUGGUUACUUUGGAUGCACCUGAUAUUUCCAUCUUAGCAACAUGGUAUAGAGAACAAGGAAACUGUAACAAUCCCAUUGUUGUAAUCAUAGAUGAUUUGGAGCGAUGUUGUGGGUCUGUUUUGUCUGAUUUCAUCCUUAUGUUGAGUGAAUGGAUAUUAAAAAUCCCAGUGAUUUUAAUAAUGGGAGUUGCAACAACCCUUGAUGCCCUGAGGAAUAUACUUCCUUCAAAUAUGAUUCAUCAUUUGUGUCCUUGUAAUUUCAUUUUGAGAACCCCUUCAGAGAGGAUGGAUGCAAUUGUCGAGGCUGUUCUUGUGAAGCAGUGUUCUGGGUUCUGUAUAAGCCACAAGGUGGCUGUUUUUCUGAGAAGUUAUUUUGUGUGCCAGGAUGGGACCAUAACAUCUUUCAUAAAAGCUUUAAAGAUUGCAUGUGCUCAGCACUUCUCCAUGGAAUCUCUAAGCUUCAUCCUCCCAUGGUUUCUUCUUGAAGAGGAAAGUGAGGUGCUAGAAGGUGAAAAUUAUGGAUUAUCACCAGAAAUUGUGCUCAAGCGUGCUUUUGAUCUUCCAUCUUGUAGGAGAAAUAAGAUGGCUGAACAAAAUGGUGAUAUUUUGGUCCAUGGGUUGUCAGAAUUGAAGAAAUUGCAAAAACAGUGGAGCACUAUAGUUAUGUGCCUAUAUGAAGUUGUAAAGUGUGAUAAAUUCCUCUUGUUAGACUUAUGUUGUGAGGCCCUUGAUCCAGAGUUGGGCAUGUUAAGGGUUUCAGACACUCACAGAGGCUUACAAGAAGAUUCCAUAGUAUUCCCAACCGAACAAGACUUGCAGAAAAAGUACACUAGUUUAAGAAGGGGUGGUAUUAUCAGUCAAGCAAUGCACAAGGUUAGGGAUCUUCCAGCAAUGCAGCUGUGGAAGUUGCUUAAAGGUUGGGAAAAACAUACCAUAGAUAUUCCUCAGAUUAAUGACAAAGUGAAGGAGUUGCUAUCAGUUUUGAAAUUUGAGGAUGGCAAGAAUUUGAAAAGAGAUUUGGUCGAUAUAUCCAAGAGACGUGCAUCUCAGAGCCAUUUGAAUUUUGAAAAGGACUUGAAAGCAGCAACUGAGAAAGCUGCAAGACUAGCAGAAUCUAUGGUUGGAGACUAUAUGCAGCCCAUUGAGAGCAUAGCUUUCCAUGAGAUUGUUUGCUUUAAGCAUGUUGAACAACUUCAAGUGGCUUUAAUUGGAGACCCGAGGAAAAGGAUUCAAGUUGAUCUUCUUGAAUUCCAUAAUAUCAUCCGGUGCAGUUGUUGCAGCAGGAGUGGCAAUUCUUUGUUGCCAUCCAUGAACGAUUCCUCAAUUAUGUAUUCCCUAGCUCGAGAGCAGGACGAUCUUAUUAAUCUCCAUGACUGGUAUCAAUCUUUCAAGUUGGUAAUUCUUAGCUCUAGCAAUAAAGGGAAACAUCGGACGAAGCAUUUUCCAUCACCAAAGAAAAGGAAAGUUGCAACUGAAGCUGCAAAGCCAACUGAAGAAUCAAUUCAAGCACGUUUUUGUAGGGCAGUUACGGAGCUCCAGCUUACAGGGUUUAUUCGGAUGCCAAGUAAAAGACGGCCCGAUUAUGUGCAGAGAGUGGCCUUUGGACUGUAGCAUCUUGUAUCAUUGAGGUAUACUUUUAUUUUUUUUUUUCCUACUCUUUAUGAUCUAAUUUAACUAAUUUGUGUAAUUAUUUAGUGAAAAAUAUAUAUAAAAAAAAGAUUUUUGAGUUA